CCGAGGUAAAGCAAACGCACCAUAACAAUUUAUGUUGCAUUCAAUGUUACAUGGGAACUAGUAAUUGUCUACGUCCGACAUAAUGCGGCCUUUAAAGUAAAGCUAAACCUCUUUUAUUUUUUCCGUAUCUGUUAACAACAAGUGUUCCUACGUUCGAGGUAAUUGAAUGCAGCUUAAAACUGUCAUGUCGGCCCCUGUACCGAUGAAGGCUGGAAAUGACCCCUUCAGUUGAUUCAGCUUUGCCAGAGCAGGGAUGGAUCUACUGUAGACGUUGUAGGACAGUGUGGGAGACGUCUGAUUUAAGGAAUGGAUGGAAGCCGAGCUUUUUCUCCAGGGUGCAAUCAAACAGCAGAGUCUGUGCAGGUUAUAGGAGGCAGAUGGUUGGGCUGAUCUGCUAUUACAAGAUUCUAAAUGAUCACCCAUGGAUCAGAUCACCUUUAAACACGACACCGUGCUGUCAGAUGUUCACAUGCACCGGCCCAAUUCACACCACUUUAUGACGCGCCUCACCAGUGUUGGGCAGCCAGUCUUCAUGUCCAGAUUUAGGAUCUUGGCAGAAAGUCGUGAUGACAGUAAUUCUGGGAAAGGUUUAACAAAUGAAGAGAAGCAGAUCAGUCCAAAGAAAGGCAGAGUAACCUUUCAUGAACAGGACGAGGAGGAAGGUAGUCAAGAAAACGUGGAGCCAUUCUUGGAUGAAGAUGGAGACCUCGACGUCACACAUCGACCACGGAAAAACUCUGUGGAUGAUGGUGGCAGAGAUUUGGUCUGUCCCAUCAUCCUCCAACAGUCUGUUCCUGACCUGGAACAAGAUGAGGAAAUUGUUGAUGAUGAGGAUGAUGAAGAAGAGCAUGAUUGUUCCAAAGACAUUAUAAGAAUUGAGCACACCAUGGCUACACCCUUGGAAGAUGUUGGCAAACAGGUUUGGCGGGGGGCCCUCCUCCUGGCUGACUUCAUCCUGUCCAAUCCAGACACAUUCAGAGGGGCCACUAUCCUGGAUAUGGGAGCAGGGACAGGCUUAACCAGCAUCGUCAUGGCAACCACAGCCAAAACAGUCUACUGCACAGAUGUGGGUGAUGACGUUCUAAGGUUGUGCAGCCGGAAUGUAGUUUUGAAUAAGCACAUCAUGGAAUCCACAGGUGGGGAAGUGAAAGUAAAACAACUCAAUUGGCUUCAGCACAGUCUUUGCACAGAUGUUGAUAUGGAAUUUAGUUGGACUGAAGAGGAAGUCGCUGAUCUUUAUGACAACACCAGCUUCAUUAUUGCAGCUGAUGUUUGCUAUGAUGAUGAUCUGACAGACAGCCUCUUCAGAACUCUGUACCGACUCUGCAGCAGCUUUAAUCACACAUGCACAGUCUUUAUUUCUUUAGAGAAAAGGAUGAACUUCAGUCUGCGACACAUGGAUGUUUGCUGUGAGGCUUACAGUCAUUUCAAGCACUGUCUGACCCAGCUGCAGGACCUGGAGGAUGGACGGUGCAGAUUUACAGUGGAACAUGUCCCUUUAAACUUUUCGCAAUUUCUUCUAUAUGAACGUAUUGAGCAGCUGGAGCUGUGGAAGGUCACUGCAUCUUCACUUGCAUUUGAACAAACCCAAUCUGAUUCUAACUGAGAAAUCAGCUGCUGGCCAGAAUCGGCUGACAUUGCAGCUUGAUGGACCCUGACCACAGACAGGAUGGUAGAAGCCCCAAUUAUCCACCCCAUGACAUGUGUGAAUGUACCAUAAUUAACUGCUACUGGGCUGUGCCAACAACACCACACCACAGCUCUGAUGCUGUUGAUGUAUGAAGAACACUCAGUGAAACCUAUUUUCAGUACUGAUGAGGUAUUAAAAAAUAAGGUCAGAGGAAGCACAUAGAUUUUUAGAAGCUAUUUUAAAGGAAAGUCUGUCUUGUUGGACAUUUUGGGACAUGCUGAAGGAUCAAGAAGAAACGAGGAUGGCUGAACAGAGUGCAGCAAUAUUUUUCUGUUUUAUCCUUUUGAACUUUAAACUUCUGGGAUAGAGCAUGCUGGAUUUGGAAAUGCUGACAGGCUUUUGAAAACACACACAGAUUGGUGCGGAUGGAAAGUGUGCGUUUUUGAGUGAUUGGGUGAACGAGGCUCAAGUGUAAAGCGCUAUAUAAAUUCAGUCCCUUUUCAUUUGUAGAAAGUGAAGAAAUUCUCAGAAAUGUGGAAGUUAACAGGCGGUCUGAAAUAACCUGUGUUUUAACUGAUUUUACCUAUUUAAAACAAGUCAAAAAGAAAAUGUUCAAGUUUGUGAGAUACAAAACCAGUGGAUAUUAAACAUCUAAGCUUUUGCAAGAGACAUUGUUAAGUUUGUGGCUGUUUUAUUCAGCCAGACAACUACCUAUUUUGUCAUGGAAAGUUCUGCUGGUUGAGAAAAUAGCAACAACCUUAGAUGGUUAAUAUCACCUAAUAUGCCUUUUUUCCUAUCGAUACAAAUAUCUUCAGUUUAUUG